GAUAAAUAACAACAUUGUCAAUGUGCGAUUUCAAGUGAAUAAUAACGGAAUGGCAUCCAAUAUAGAAGUAAUUGUCGGUACAUAUGAGCAAUUUUUGCUCGGAUACAAAGUUGAAGAGGAUGGCGAUGAUAAGUACUCCAUGCAUCAGUCAUUUGCGGUGCAUGCACACAUUGCUUCAAUUCGAACGGUUCAUGCGAAGGGGAAAUUUCUAGCCUCCGGCGGUGCUGAUGAUCGUAUUUAUGUGUAUGACAUGAAGAAGCGACAAGAGAUUCAGUUGCUUACAAUGCACGAUGCUAUGAUCAAUCACGUUCGCUUCACUCCGGAUGCUACCCAUUUGUUUACGGCAAGUUCUGAUGGUUCGUUGGCGGCCACACGAACCGGUUCAUGGAUAUCAGAGGGACGAUGGAAGGCACCCCAUGGUGGUAAAGCCGUUAAUCACAUUUCAAUUCAUCCCAGUGGCAAAUUGGCUUUGACUUUGGGCGCCGAUUUAACGUUGAGAACAUGGAAUUUAGUCAAAGGCCGUCAAAUUUUCACAACAAAUUUGAAGAGCAAAUCAAACUUGGGCUAUAGUAUUGAAUUUGUUGAAUUUUGUCCGAGCGGGAAAAUUUUUGUGCUUUCUGGUGCGAAAGCGGUUGAAGUGUGGAGCAUCGAAAAGGCUGGUGUUAUCAAAUCAAUUCCAUGUGAUUCAAAGCCAACGUCUUUAUGUUGGUUAGAUGAAAAUAAUCUUCUAAUUGGGUUGCAUGAUGGAAAAUUGAUUUGGGAUCAUUUGGAAAAAGAAGAGGCUGUUAUAUUUCAAAUGUAUGAGGGCACACGUGUAAAGGGUCUUCACUAUCAAAAUGAUCAUCUUGCGUCAAUUUCGAGCAAUGGAGAUAUCACCGUUUGGACGGUGAAUAUUGAUGAACAAAAAAUUACCGAACUUUGUUCAACGAACAUCGGAUGCCGACCCAUUUGCUUGGCGAUUAUUAAUCUAGCCGAUUUUGCCGAUGAAUAUAUUUUGAAACGGGAGGGUUCUGACGUUGAAACAACAGAAGAAACUGUUACACACAAACCUGCUGCAAUUUCAUCGAAGAGUUUUGGUAAAGUUGUAAUCGAAAAUGAUGACGAUGAUGAAAGAAGUAACAAGCCAGUCAAAAAUAAGUCGAAAAAUAGUACGCCGAAAAAUAAGCUGAAGACAAUCAAAUCCAAAACACCAAAUAGUAAGGCAGAUGGGAACAAGGGUAACAAGCAGUCAUUCAAGCGAAAAAGUUUUUCCAUUGAUCAGCCGUCGUCGGCGAAGAAAUUGAAAAGAGCCUCAAUUUCAAAACUGAAAAAUAAUAGCGGUUUCAUCGAAGAAGACAUGUAGUUUCCAUAACUAUUGACUUUUAAAUAAAAAAAUAUCACUUAUUUUGAA